AUGGGCAGCGAGGAAUGGACAUUUCUCCACCAACCCGUAGCUAUUGACGAAAAGGAUACUGAUGGACACACCGCUCUCAUGUGGGCUGCCUAUCAAGGGGAUGCUCUUUCUGUCGAUCUUCUCAUCCGCCACGGCGCAUCAGUCAAUAUCACUGAUAACUCUGGUAUGACCCCUCUCCACUGGGCGUCCGUCAAAGGGAACAAGGUGUCUAUCAGGCACUUGGUGGAGUCCGGAUCCAGCUUGGAUGCGAAGGAGGAGAAUGGGAAGACUCCGCGCGAUAUGGCGGAGGAGCUGAAAGGAUUGGUGCCGUUUGAGAAGGGGCUGGAGGAGGCAGGGUGGACAAUCUAUGGUGUUCAGUUGACUGGAAAGUUAGACCCUAAAAGAGCCACCAUCGCUAUUGGCAUAUUGCCCCUGAUAGGGCUAGGGGCCAUCUUCAAGACCUUCGACCUCUUACCAGUCUACGUGGCGAUCCCGUUUGCUGCGGCAGAGUUCGGGGCCAUGCAAUAUACCAUCGUAUACGUCCUUCUCGGCCACAUCAAGGAUUCUGAAAAGGUCUCUGCCUCAAACUACUUUGUCUCCCUCAUCGUCGCCAGUAUAGCCUGGGUAGCCUGGGGCUGGGCCACCAGGCUCCUUCUGGGCACUGCUGGACACCCCUUUGCUAAUCUUGCAUUCUUCUUCAUGAUGACAGGGUGUGCUUGGAGCUUGUACAAGGCGGUGGUAACCGACCCGGGAUUUGUGCAGAAGGGAGAAAAGGAUGAGGAUAUCAAGUUGGUUCUGGAGGAGCUCGUGGAUGCUGGAAGAUUGAAUGGAACCAACUUUUGCAUCAUGUGUAUGGCUAGAAAACCGUUGAGAUCCAAGCAUUGUAGGACCUGCAAUCGUUGCGUGGCCAAGUUUGACCAUCACUGCCCGUGGGUUUGGAACUGCGUCGGAGCGAACAAUCAUAGGGCGUUCUUGUCAUUUGUCUUGUUCCUCAUUGGUGGCAUUAUACUAUUUGACAAGCUGUCGAUUGAUUACGUCCAGCAAAAUGCUCCCGAAUACCUGCCAACCCCAUCUCCUGGUCUUACGGUGUGCGAGAUCUCAGAGACGCUAUGCCGAGCAGGCUCAUACGACGCCUUUUUGCUCGCCACCUGCGUCUGGGCAUCUAUCCAGCUCACAUGGACCUUCGUUUUGGCCAUCUCCCACCUCUGGCAAGUGUCCCGCCAGAUGACGACUUUUGAAGUGUCCAAUCUCGGAAGAUAUGGAUACAUGGGUGGUAGAGGCGGGCAGAGUUUAAGAGAUCAAAGCGGGGCAUUGAAGCAGGCUGCCUCGGUUGGUGCGGGUGUUGGGAUGGGUGGGGCAGCUGAGGAGGGUGGUGGGCCUGCCGCAGGUGAAGCUGGCCCGGAUGGUAAUGUGGUCUUGCCACAGGCUGGUGGACAUGUCCAUGGCCCUCAAUGCCGACAUGGCGGCGGCCAUGGUCACGGGCACAACCAUGGAAUACUGCAUGUCUGUGGCCAUCUGUGCAAGACAUUGUCUGCGCCAUUGAUGGGUAUCUUAGGCCUGGAUCGGUUCACCAAGGGUCAGGCUUUGGGUGGCAUGAAGAGGGCUGGGAAGGACCAGAACCCGUUCGACAUGGGCGUUGUGAAGAAUUGUACAGAGUUCUGGUUCCCGCAUAACGACGUUGAUUAUACGACACUUUACGAAAUUCCGCCAGAGGGAUGGAGGGCGUAUAGAAGAAAACUUGACAUGAACAAAAGCGGUGGUGGAGGGCGGGGCGGUUACCAGGUGGUAAAUACGCAGGAAGUUUGA